AGCUCAUUGUGCGGAGUGAUCUGAUACGGACUACACCCAGCCGCUGCCUGCUUGCAUUGGCUUUCUUAGCUGCCCGAGCCUUGACGUUGGAGAACGUCGAAGUGUGGGUCAGAUUGGAAACACUAAAUUCGUCUGUAGGCCUUUCCGUGUCGGCUAUCUCUGGCAACCUUAUUUUCGAGGCUGUAGGGAGUUUUAUAUUUCACCAGUUCCUUGAAGAUGUCUUGGCAAAACUACAUUGAUAACCUGAUGGCCGAUGGCAGCUGUCAGGAUAGCGCCAUUGUUGGGUACACGGAAGCCAAAUAUGUUUGGGCAGCACAUGCCGGUGGUACUUUUAACAACAUAACGUCUCAAGAAAUUGAUGUCAUUGUUGGAAAGGAUAGAGAGACCUUCUUCACCAACGGUCUCACUCUGGGCUCAAAGAAGUGCUCAGUCAUAAGAGACAGCCUCCAGGUUGACAAUGACUGGACAAUGGACAUCAGGACAAAGAGCCAAGGAGGAGAGCCUACAUACAAUGUCUCUGUGGGAAGGGCUGGAAAAGUAUUGGUUGUAAUCAUGGGAAAGGAAGGGGUCCAUGGCGGACAGCUCAACAAGAAAGCAUUUAGCAUGGCUGAUUACCUGAGGAAGUCUGGAUAUUAAGCAACCUCUCCACCCAUCCAUCUACCUAGCAGCUCACUCCCACUCACCCCAUUGUGUUGACAGUACUUUUGGGAUUAGAUACCAUGCAAUGUUACUUCCUCUCCACAGUUGACUUUUAUAUACAACCUUGUUUUUGUUUAUUUUGUCCCACCACCUUUUUUUUUUUUUUUUUUUUUUUUAAACCUUCCCCACUUUAACAUUGUACUUAACACUCACUGUUUUUGGCACUACAGUAAUGGCAUGUUCAUUGAAAUGGUUUAAAUGUAUAUUUACCAAAAGAGAAAAUGUGCAAAAAAAAAAAAAAAAAAAAAGUUCGAAGGUGUAAUAAAAAAUGUAAAACAAAUUUGGACUCGCCUUGUAUAAACAUUCACUUA